GAAGCGGAAGUGAGGUGUCCGGGCGGCGAGUGUUGUGAUGGCGGAAGGCCUCAUCCUCCUGCCGCCGCCGCCGCUGUGAGAUCGCCGCGGGCCGGCGGGCUGUCCGCAACUCCUCUCACCCACCGUCCGGAUCCGGAGCUGUCCCCCUCCCCUCCCCCCCCCGCCUUCCUACAGGUAACACAUUCAUCUGAAACCAUGGAGUUAAUGUUGAAUAAAUUGAAGAGCACUGUUACCAAGGUAACAGCUGAUGUUACCAGUGCAGUGAUGGGAAAUCCCAUUACCAGGGAGUUUGAAGUGGGGCGCCACAUAGCAAGUGGUGGAACAGGCAUGGCCUGGAAGAUCUUUCAUGGUGUAAAGAAGUCAACCAAGCAGGAAGUGGCUGUAUUUGUUUUUGACAAAAAACUAAUUGAGAAGUGCCAGAAAUUUGAAAAGGAUCAUGUAAUUGAAUCAUUGAAAAAAGGUGUGCAACAGCUGACCAGACUGAGGCACCCUCGUCUACUGACUGUUCAGCACCCAUUGGAGGAGUCCAGGGACUGUUUAGCCUUUUGUACGGAACCCGUCUUUGCGAGUUUAGCCAACGUCCUUGGUUGCUAUGAACACCUACCAUCUCCUGUACCUCCCGAAAUUAAAGAGCACAAGCUUUAUGAUGUGGAAAUCAAAUAUGGUUUGCUGCAGGUUUGUGAAGGCCUUUCCUUUUUGCACAGCAGUGUGAAAAUGAUUCACGGGAACCUGACACCAGAGAAUAUGAUUUUGAAUAAGAGUGGUGCCUGGAAGAUCAUGGGUUUUGACUUCUGCAUUUAUUCUUCUAAUUCCUCGGAACAGGAGCUUAAAUUUACUUGCAAGGAAUGGGACCCAAAUCUCCAUCCCCUGUGCCUGCCUAACCCAGCAUAUGUUGCUCCUGAGUAUAUCCUGUCAGUAAGUUGUGACCUAGCCAGUGAUAUGUACUCCUUAGGUGGUAUCAUGUACACUGUGUUUAACGAUGGCAAACCAAUCUUCGAAGUCAACAAGCAGGACAUCUUCAAGAGUUUCAGCAAGCAACUCGAUCAGCUGACUCGUUUAGGCCCCAGCAUCCUGCAGAAGGUUCCUGAGGAGGUUCGGGAGCAUCUGAAGCUGCUGCUGAAUGUAACGGCCGCUGUGAGACCAGAUGCUGACCAGCUGUGUAAGAUCCCUUUCUUUGAUGAUGUAGGUGCUAUGACUUUGCAGUAUUUUGAUUCUCUGUUCCAACGAGACAACCUCCAGAAGUCACAGUUUUACAAAGGUCUGCCGAAAAUUCUGCCAAAGCUCCCGAAGCGAGUUGUGGUGCAACGCAUCCUUCCGAGCUUGGUGACAGAGUUUGUGAAUCCAGACAUGGUGCCCUUUGUCCUGCCCAAUGUCCUGCUUAUCGUUGAAGAGUGUACCAAAGAGGAGUACGUCAAGCUAAUCCUCCCAGACCUCAUUCCAGUCUUCAAGUUGCAGGAACCCAUACAGGCUAGCAACAUGGUACUGUUGAUCUUCUUGCAAAAGAUGGAUUUGCUGCUGACUAAAACGCCUGCGGAAGAUAUAAAAAGCACGGUCUUACCGAUGGUUUACCGGGCUCUGGAAACCCCAUCAAUUCAGAUUCAGGAGCUUUGUCUGAACAUAAUUCCAACCUUUGCAAACCUGAUAGAAUAUUCGUCCAUGAAGAACUCUUUAAUACCUCGCAUUAAGAGUGCAAGUUUACAGACCUCCUCGCUUGCAGUGCGUGUAAAUUCACUGGUCUGCCUUGGCAAGCUCUUAGAAUAUCUGGACAAGUGGUUUGUCCUGGACGAGAUCCUUCCCUUCUUGCAGCAGAUUCCAUCCCGGGAGCCUGCAGUGUUAAUGGGAAUUUUAGGUAUCUAUAAAUGUACUUUCAGCCACAAGAAGCUAGGAAUAACCAAAGAACAAUUGGCUUCCAAAGUGCUGCCACACCUCAUUCCUCUCAGCAUCGACAACAACCUGAAUCUGAACCAGUUUAACUCUUUCAUGGGAGUGAUCAAGGAAAUGUUAAGUAAGUUGGAGGCAGAGCACAAGACUAAACUGGAACAGCUGCACAGCAUGCAGGAGCAGCAGAGAAGUCUGGAUCUACCUGGCCAGUUAUCCAAAACCACGGAAUCAAAGGAAAAUCAGGACAAUCAGAUUGACAAGAUCUUCUCUGGCUUUGGAGUGGACGUUGACAGAGAGGGCAAUAAAAAAGAAAAUGGCUUGGUCUCCAAUCCACAGAAGCAAGUCAAGGCUUCCCUAACGUUGGAGGAGAAACAGCGGGUGGCCAAGGACCAGGAACAGGCACAGAAACUCCGCAACCAGCAGCCUCUUGCCCCAAAGGCCGUGAAGGUUUCCAAUCCCAGUUCACAGACCAAAGACCUGACAAGUAGUUUGCUGGAGAACAUGACGUCCAUGAAUACGCUCUCCAUCAGCUCCUCCAAGUCGGUUUCUGCGCAGACUGCAUCCACCAGCGACUUCUCUGCGUCGGGCGUGACCACCAGUGGCAUGGGGUUUGCCCAGCCCAGCGCCAGCCUUCAUACAUUGGGGGGCAUGAGCAACGGGGCGGGGUUUGGCUGUGCCUUGCCCUUCCAGCCGGCCUACGGCAACAACAUGGCAAUGGGCAGCGCCGGGCCCAGCUUCUACGCUGGCCGGAGCACCCCCGGUAUUGUCCGGAUGCCCACCUCAUCAGCCUCCAGCUUGCCGGCGUUCACCGGGAUGUGCCCGCCUGUGCGUGGCCCCACCUCGCAGCCCAACAAGUCCAUGGACCUGUCGGCUCUGGACAACCUGCUGGGUCCGCAGAAGAACAAGAUGAGCAUGAACCAAAUGGUCCAGGCAGUGCAGAGCCCCCCGGCCGCUCAGACCCAGUGGCUGAGCCAGUUUGUACCGGCCCAGGGCUCGCCGGCCACCAGCAGCUCGAUGGGGGGCCAACAGCCCAGGCCCGUGGGGCAGCCAGCCUUCAACAUGCCCCCUCUACCUGCCAACCCCUUCAUGUCCCCCCAGACCCCUACACAGACCGGCCUGCCCACGAACUCCAUGCCUUCCAGCAGCUCCGCCAACAACGACCUGAAGGACUUGUUCGGCUAGCCGUUCCCCACACUUACUGCGGACCUUCCUCGGGCGAAGACCAAUUAAAUGUGUUUCAGUUCCAUUUGGGUACUUUGUGCUUUUAUACGGGAGUUUGUUCCAUUUCUUUGCUGCUGUGAAACUCACGUGGCCUUACCAAGUGAAAGCCGCGCAGUGCUUCAAAAACGUACCAUACGUUUGAUAGGUGACUUGAAAAUGUUCCCUGUGAGAGGGUUGUCCUCCCUGUCUUGUCUUCUGUCUAAAUUCCACUCAGUAAGAAGAUGCUUCUGGGACCAGUACUGGAGCCUCACUGAAUGUACCGCAACAUAAUUUAUUUGACGAAUUGCUCCUCAGCAUCUGUUAAGAUGGCACCGACGAUUGACUUAACCACCUUGGCGUGUGAUAACUGGACCUAGGUUGCCUAGGAGGACAAAGUCAGGCAACACAGUAGCUGCCUGAUCUGCCUGGCUCUUUCUCAUUGAGCAAGAAAUACACUUGAGUCAGGCAAUGAAGACGAUUGUAAGACUGGCGGGAUCAUCUCUGAACAGCCAAGCUACAUUCCAGUCUCCCUGUGAAUACCCUCGGCGCAAGCAUUAUGGCCUUUAUGGAUACUGAAGUCCAAAGUAAUAAAACACAAACAUUCCUGUUUCUUUUUUUGGUUUUCAAGACAGUAGAGUGUCUUCUGAAACUGUCUUCAGGUCAUUUUUAGGUAUUCUGUUUGAUUGUAACGGUUUGCUGAUGAUAAAAUAUAUUGUGUGCAUAUUUUGGGCAUUGGUCAUUUCUUGGCUAAGUCUUACAGCACAUUUGUGUUGGAUUCUGUGAUAGUUUAACAUUUCUGUGAUAGUGACGUUAUUGUAAAUCACCUUUUGCUGAAUACUGCGGUUAUUUAAAUAGAGCAGAAAUAUUCUUGUACGUAAUUUCAGAUGAAUUGAAAUGUACAGUGUUCAGCACCUUGUAAAUCACUUUAUAUUGUAACAGGAGAGGCUGGUGUUGUUUUGGAAGUUAGAAAGUGAAAAUACCAGAUUAAUUUAAAGAAACAAAAAGAUGUUUUAACAUUAAAAAUGAAGAAAA